AUGACGCCCUCACCCAGACUCAACGGCCGAGGCCGCGCCGCUCUCGAUACGUGGUUGGCCCAAACCAAUGCCGCCAACCUCACCCCCGCGCUGUUUGUCGGCGUCGCGAGCAAGGACGACGUGCUGUACUUCAACUGUGCUGGCGACAAGGUCCUCAAUCAGCCGGAAAAUGGCCAAGUCAAUGAGGAUACUGUCAUCGAAAUGUGGAGCAUGACCAAACUAGUCACUUCCCUCGCCUGCCUUCAACUGAAAGAACGCGGCCUCGUCUCCUACGACGACCCCGCUCUUAUCGAGCGCCUCCUUCCCGACCUCUGUGCCCAGCCCAUUCUUCUGGGCUAUGACGGCGACACGCCGAAAUACACUCCUCGCACCGAACCCAUUACCCUCCGCCGACUCCUAACCCACACUGUCGGCCAGGCAUACGGCAACCGUGCCCAGCUGCGGUGGGAGAAGGAAAACUUGGCCGUACCAUGGAAGGACCCCGGCUCGACAACCGAGUCGUUUAUCACGCCGCUCAAUAUCCAGCCCGGCAGUUCUUUCGUGUACGGCCUAGGCAUCGACUGGGCCGGCAUCCUUCUUGAGCGUAUUACGGGUCUCACACUGGACGAGUACUUCCGCAAGCAUAUCUGGGAACCGAUCGGGGUCAAGUCCAUGACCUUCUUCCCGACGCCCGAAAUCAAGGCCCGCUUGAUGCAGAUGUGCACCCGCACCCGCGAGGGCGAGUUGGUCCACACCAGAAAACUACGCCCCGUCAAAGAUAUGGUCCCAGCCGAUAUCAAGCAACAAGCCGGUGGGGGUGGGCUUUUGGGGACCGCGAGGGAAUAUAUCACCUUUUUACAGGCCGUGCUCCGGUGUAAGGAGGAAGACGGGCUGGUUUCGCGCGCCGGGUUCCGCGAGCUGUUCACCGACUCCCUGCCGCCCGACCAGGAGGAGCGGGAUUGCCACAAGGCCCUCGGCGCGUUCCUCAAGUUCCGCGGAUACCCCGAGGAACAGUACACAAGUGGGAGGGCUGUGGGGUAUUCGCCAGGCCUGUGUUUGAAUCUUGCCAACAGCGUUAACGGCCGCAAGGCGGGGAGUGGCUUUUGGUUUGGCGCGGCGAGGAGCGAGUAUUGGAUCGAUCCGGCUUCGGGGUUGAUUGGCCUCUGCGUCACCCAGCUGAUGAACGACUACGAGACAAUCUGGUCGGACGUGUACUCGUCCUACGAGCGGACCGUGUACGAUGCCGUCGAGGGAGUCGAUGAGGCGCGGUUGUGA